CCAUUUUCCUCUUCUACACCGGUUCUCUAACUGGUAGCUACGUUAUCGUUCCCCCUCGUUGUUUUAACCUGUCCAAAGCUGACUGUGGGAAAGAGGGGAACCCUAAGAAGAAGACAGUCUGCCGUUGUAGCUGUAUCGCCCCGAGAGAAGCGCGAGAAUGUCUUCUGAGGAGAGCCCCGAGUACUCGCCCUUCUUCGCUGUGAUGGGAGCCUCUGCGGCCAUGGUCUUCAGCGCAUUAGGAGCAGCGUAUGGGACAGCGAAGAGCGGCACAGGCAUCGCUGCGAUGUCUGUGAUGCGGCCAGAGCUCAUCAUGAAGUCCAUCAUCCCUGUGGUCAUGGCCGGUAUCAUCGCCAUCUACGGGCUGGUGGUGGCUGUGCUGAUAGCAAACAACAUCUCUGAGAGAGUCACCCUUUACAAGAGUUUCCUGCAUCUUGGUGCCGGUCUGAGCGUGGGCCUGAGCGGUCUGGCAGCCGGGUUCGCCAUUGGCAUCGUGGGUGACGCCGGUGUGAGAGGCACCGCCCAGCAGCCCCGGCUUUUCGUGGGCAUGAUCCUGAUCCUGAUCUUUGCCGAGGUGCUGGGGCUUUAUGGCCUCAUUGUGGCCCUCAUCUUAUCUACAAAAUAAGUCUGCAUCAAACAUCAUCUCAUUCAUUCCACAUCAAAGCAGCGAGAACAAAUAGGAGAUUUUCACCUACUUCCAUUACACCCCGCGGGUCUGGCAGGAUGGGAUGGCAACAGAAACAUGUUGGCGGUCGACUUGACAGCUGUGUCCUCAGUAGAUGUGAUUUAUCCAUGUUGUUUAAAGCCAUCCAGUUGUGUCAGGUCUUGUGUGAACAGAACGGGCAUGACGGUGUAUUGGUUGUUGUGGGAUGAUGUGUGGACAGUCUGCUUGAUUUGUUGUCUGAUCUUAACCUGUACAGUGAUCCAGAGUCCCUCCACCCCCUGUAAAUGUAGUAACCAGUCUGUGCUGUGAGUGUGAGUAUCAGCGUUUAUCCCCCUGCCCAUUCCCCCUCCUUGAUUUUUUUGUUGGUGGUUUUGAGUGUCAAUCUGAGACUACUGAAGAAUCGUGCACAUUAGUGUUUUGUUUUUUCAUGUUCUUUUUUUCGGGGACCAUUUUUAAUUCAGUGGCGAGGAGCUGACGAGACAUUGUUUUUUUUCACUAUUUAUGGAAAGUUAUAAAGAUUUUGACUUAAUGAAACUGUCUAAAUGGAAUACUGUUUAUUGAAUACCAUAUAUACAUCAAAAUAUAUAAAUUAUCUGUGUAUAGUUAGAUUAAUUGCACUGUGGGUAAUUGUUCAAAGUGCUUGGAAUUCCUCUGGAUGUAGUGUGAUUAUUAAUGGAGGAUGUCCACAUGUUGACAUGGAGUCGACGGUGUGUGUGUGUGUGUGAAUGACCUGAGUGCAUACAAUGUGUGCAAGUCGAUUUAUGUUUAAUAUGACAUUCUCAAACACUAGUAUCGUUUACCUGUAGUGCUGCUGUCUUGAUUUAUUUGUUUUUUUGUUUAAGGUGAGAGCUCACUGUUCAGCCAUGCCUGUCAGAUUUCCAAAUAAAACUCAACCUCCUCCA